AUGGGAAAUUAUGAAGAGAGCCUCUUUUACAGAAAUAUUAAAUCCUGUAUUGAAAAGUAUUUACCAAAUUAUUCCACUGAAGGACUCGUAAAAUUUGAGUCCUCUUUUGAAUUUUCUUACGGAAAUAGUGGUUUUCGAGAUAAAUACAAAACGGCUAGCUGUGACUUAUUAAAUGCUUUAAGUAAAAGUGGAAUAUUAGUAGGUCUGUUAUUUAUAAAACAUAAUUAUGAAACGAUUAGAAAGCUCAAAUUGUUUGAUAAACACAUGAAGGGUGAAAACAAGAAACAGUGUAGUUUACCUAGUAUGCAAAAUAUUCAAUGGAAAAAUGUGGGUGUUAUCAUAACAGCCUCUCAUAAUCCAUUCGAUGAAAAUGGGGUUAAAAUAAUAGACUGCAAUGGGAGACAAAUAAAUGAAAUAUAUGAGAAUUACUUAACUGAUCUUGUAAAUGAACAUUUAAGGUAUUUAAAGAAGAAUGAGGAAUGUACUAUACAUGAUAUAGUACAUAAUAUAAUUAUGUGUAUUUCAUAUAUUUUUGAAAAGGAAGUAAAUAUUGACUUAUUUAAUAAUAAUAUAUAUAAUACUAUAAAGGAGUUAGACGAUAUAAUAUAUAAUUAUAAUAUAAAUAAUAUAAUAAAAGGAAAUAUCUGCAUAGGUUUUGAUACUCGUAUUAGUUGUGUUCAUUUAAAUAAUAUUAUUAUAGAAUCCUUAAAUUGUAUCAAUAUAUACAAGUGCAUAAAUAAUAUGUGUUUUAUUACAACACCGUGCAUGCAUUUUGUUAUUUAUUUUCUGAAUAAUAUUUUUAUGGAUGAGAAAUUAGAUGACACGUUUAUCAGAGAAAAAGGGUAUUAUACUAUCCACAAAGAGGAAAACGAUUUAGAUUAUUUGGAAAAUUUUUACAUACCAAAUAGUAAGCACAUUAGGGACCUGUAUUUUUUAAAAAAUUGUAGUGAGAAUAUAAAUGCCACUACUAAUGAGCUUUGUGAUACGCAUAGCAAUAUCGAUGAGUAUUGUAAAUACCCCACUAAGGGAAAAGACAAUAAUACAUUAAAAAUGAGUAACCCGAUAGGGAAAUGUUUGAACAUUCCAAAUGGUUAUAGUAAUAAAGAUGUUCACCUGUAUGCAUAUAACAGUGAUAAAUUUUAUUUCGAUUAUUUUACAUAUUUAUUUGAGGAUCUCUAUAAUUACAUGAACAAAAUAUAUGAUGAAAUCUUAAAAAAGACUUGUAAAGAGGAAGUGAUAUAUGUGGAUUGUUCUAACGGUAUAGCUAGCUUAAAAAUUGAUAAUUUUAAGAAUAUAUUUACUAUUUUAAAAAAACAAAUUAUUAAAAUUAAUUAUAUAGAUAAUGAAAAAAGUAUUCUAAAUUUCCAUUGUGGUGCUGAAUAUGUAUAUAGAAAAAGAAAACUACCUAUCAAUGCUUCUUCAGAUAAUGUGAACACUAAAUUUUGUACAUUCGAUGGAGACGCAGAUAGAGUUCUUUAUUUCUUUAUACAUGAUGUGUUUUAUGAUUACCCCAAUGGGAAUGGGAGCAUUGCAGGAUCUAGUGGCAUUGCUGAUAGCAGUAGUGAUAACCCUAUUAGCACAGAAAAAUGUUGUGGUAGUAAUAUAGCCAUUUUAGAUGGACCCAAAAUAACCUGCCUGCUCCUCAAAUGCAUAAUGAAAAUGCUCUCACAAAUCGAUGUCAGUAAUAUAUCAGUACUAUCCAGUAAUACAACAAAACAACUAGAUAUUAAUAUAAUACAUACAUCUUACGUAAAUUCGGCUUUUCUUAAGUAUAUCAAUAAUAUAAAGAAAUACGCUAAUGAGCAAAUGGAAUUAUUUCAAUAUAUUAGCAUAAAUAUUAUAUGUACAAAAACUGGUAUUAAAUAUCUUGAUAAGAUAGCACAAAAAUCGUCUAUUGGAAUACUGUUCGAAUCUAAUGGGCAUGGUACUAUAUAUACAGAUAUAAAUAAAUUAAAUGAAUGGUCUAGGAGCUUAUGUAUAGAGAAAGAUAAAUCCUUUAUUGCUUUAAAAAAAUAUUUGCUUUUUUUCAAUCAAACAGCAGGAGAUGCUAUCAUUGAUUUUGUAGCUAUUGAGUUAUCAUUAUCAUUUUUAAAUUUAACUAUAAAUCAGUGGGACCAGUUCUAUGACCCUUUACCUUCAUUAUAUAUUAAUAUACCUUGCCCAAGAAAUAUAUUAGCAGAAAUUAUACCUCAUCCAGAGCAUGAGAAGUAUUUAAUUCAACCAUUAUGUUUACAACGUGAAAUUGAUCAAGUAGUAAGGGAAAUAGAUUCCCAUUUGGGCAGGUGUUUUAUACGGCCAUCAGGAACAGAAAACUUAAUUCGCAUAUAUGCGGAAGCACAAACAGCUGAAAAAAUGAACAACAUUUUGCAUAAAGCGAAGGAUAUUGUUUAUACUUAUGUAAAGAAAAAUGAACUAUGCCCGUAG